CAGGAAGGACAAACGGAAGUCAGGGGAGGACCGCGGUCGACUCGCAGGAUUGUGGGACUUGUAGUUUUCUUCCGAUUAUGUCCGCCUCGGACUACACUUCCCGAGAUGCACAUGGAGUGAGCCGGUCCCACUGUUGGGUGGAAAUUGUGGACGAAGGAGAAUGAGUGCAUUGACUCUCGGGUCAACAAAGGGCCGUUGGAUGAGGACCCUCAGCCGGCCGAGCUCGCGUGGCCCUACUGGGUUAUUUGUGCCGCCAAGCCCUCCUGUGGACCCUGAGAAGAUCAAAGAGUUACAACGCUUCAUUACCCUUUCCAAGAAACUUCUCGUGAUGACAGGCGCAGGAGUCUCCACGGAGUCUGGGAUCCCAGACUACAGGUCGGAGAAGGUUGGACUGUACGCCCGCACCGACCGGAGACCCAUCCAGCACAUGGAUUUCGUACGCAGUGCCCCAGUCCGCCAGCGGUACUGGGCCAGAAACUUUGUGGGCUGGCCCCAGUUCUCCUCUCACCAGCCCAACCCAGCACACUGGGCUUUGAGCAGCUGGGAGAAACUCGGGAAGCUGCACUGGUUGGUGACUCAGAACGUGGACGCUCUGCACUCCAAGGCCGGGAACCAGCGGCUGACGGAGCUCCAUGGAUGCAUGCACAGAGUCCUGUGCCUGAACUGUGGGGAGCAGACUCCCCGCAGGGUGCUGCAGGAACGCUUCCAGGUCCUGAACCCCAGCUGGAGCGCUGAGGCGCAGGGCGUGGCCCCUGACGGCGACGUGUUCCUCACCGAGGAGCAGGUCCGCAGCUUUCAGGUCCCGUCCUGUGACCGGUGCGGCGGUCCUCUGAAACCUGAUGUCGUUUUCUUUGGGGACACGGUGAACCCAGACAAGGUUGACUUCGUGCACAGGCGUGUGAAAGAGGCCGAUUCCCUGCUGGUGGUGGGAUCGUCCCUGCAGGUGUACUCCGGUUACAGGUUCAUCCUCACCGCCCGGGAGAAGAAGCUGCCAAUCGCCAUUCUGAACAUUGGACCCACGAGGUCGGACGACCUGGCCUGCCUGAAGCUGGAUUCCCGCUGCGGAGAGUUGCUGCCUUUAAUAGACCCACAGUGACCGAGGUCCGAUGUUCAGAGGCUGGAAAGGGACUUUCCGUUGUUGAGUCCGGCUGCUGUAGGUCCCUAAGGAUUCUUCCCUUCCCUUCAAACUAAUGGAAGCUUACCGACUCCGUCCUAUAGAGGGCGGCAGAGCAAUGUCUACAGGCCUGUCCACCGCUGCCCCCUGCUGUUCACAGGCCAGCCGUCAGAGUCCCGGGGUAGAGCUGCCCUCCCCCACAAGAAAGCCUUCUUCAAGAAGUAGCUGUUCUUGAUGGCACAGCUGUGUCCCUUUCAUACGACCCGGAAGAAGAAACAGCUGGGAAGUUCGUAAGCCAGCAUGGUCUGUGGAGGGCCGACAUUGAGAUCUCAGUAAUUCUGGGGAUAACCAGAAGGGCAUCUGUAAUUCGCUUGUAAUUCCAAGUGAUUGUGUCUGACUGAAGCACUUUGAUAUUUUUAACAACGUGAGCAAUAGCAUAAGUUAAUUUUUUUUUAUUAACCGAACAAUAAAUUAUUUUUAAUAGCA